UCAAUAUCCUGGUUAAGCAUUUCCCCAAUAAAUAGCGGUUUACAGAUGUUGUAGGACGUUUUUAACUUUUAUUGUCUAUGGCGGUCAUCGUGGUGUCGUAGAUUGGACUUCAUGGUUUAGUUUUGCUAAUAUUCUGCGUUUAGUCAAUAGAAACCAUGCUGUGUUGGAGCCAUGUCGUAGUUUUCCUUUUGUGCACCGUCAUAGGUAUCAAGGGGAAAUCUGUCCCUCCACUUCCAGAUUUCGGCCAAACGUAUCAUGUUAAAGGUGUAAUCUCACUGCCUUAUGCUGAGAUCCAAGAACCAUUUGAGGCCUGGUUGGACCUAGCUGCCAAAUCUAGUCGAAUUGACUACUAUCACGGGCAAGUCUCAACCUACCAGCUGGGGGCAGAUCAACAGUAUGGCACUGCUUACAAGAUCAGUCCAGAGACUACUGAGACCGAGCUCAAUGUCAUGAAGUGCUUUCAGGUUAAUGGAACCAAAGAUGAUCUUGUCAAACCACAAACAUCAUUACCAGAUAUACAAGGUUUCCAGUUUCUGAGGAUGGAGUACUAUGGAGGAUCUCUGUGUGAAGUUUGGCAGAAUGUCACAACAGUGGGUAAUAAGAAAAAUACAUACACAUUGUGGGUGACCCGCUCCGAGAGUGGACCUGAUGCCCUGCCUUUACAUUAUGAGAUGAUGGGAUAUAACACCCUGCUGGGCUCUCACUAUGACAAAUACCUGGUGGACUACAAAGAAUAUAGUGCUCAUGUGGACCCCAAAGUCUUUUCGCUUCCUGAAGGUAUGACUUGUGGAGGAUUCCCUGGGCCUGGAGUGGAACACCAUAUACUUGCCAAUCCAAUGAAAGAACUCAUUCACACAUCUGCAACGGGUCACACACAGCACAUAUUUAACCACUUCAAAGAGAAGUUUCAGCGACAGUACUCCAGUGAAAAAGAGCAUGAGGAAAGGGAGCAUGCUUUUGUGAAUAAUCUUCGGUAUGUCCACUCAAAGAACCGAGCGGGGCUCUCUUAUGCUCUGGCCCUAAACUCCCUGUCCGAUCGGACCAUGUCAGAACUGGCCGUGAUGAGAGGAAGGAAAACAGGCAAAACUCCAAAUCGUGGGCUUCCUUUUCCUAGAGUUUAUAGCAACGUGAAAGUGCCCGAGUCUCUCGAUUGGAGACUUUAUGGUGCUGUAACCCCAGUGAAGGACCAGGCCAUCUGUGGCUCUUGUUGGAGCUUUGCUACCACUGGAACCAUAGAGGGCGCACUUUUUCUGAAGACUGGUUCUUUGCAGGUCCUGUCCCAGCAGGUACUGGUGGACUGUUCCUGGGGAUUUGGGAAUAAUGGCUGUGAUGGUGGUGAGGAAUGGAGGGCAUAUGAGUGGAUCAUGAAACAUGGAGGGAUUGCCACAACAGAGACAUAUGGAGCUUAUCUGGGAAUGAAUGGGUUUUGCCACCUGAAUAGUUCUCAGCUCACAGCUCGUAUUCAGAGCUAUACCAAUGUGACCUCAGGUGACACAGAAGCUCUCAAAGUGGCGCUCUUUAAAAAUGGACCUGUUGCUGUCAGUAUUGAUGCAUCACACCGAUCAUUUGUUUUUUAUAGCCAUGGCGUCUACUAUGAACCUGCUUGUGGAAAUACCACAGAUGCUCUGGAUCAUGCUGUGCUGGCAGUUGGAUAUGGCAGUCUCGAUGGGGAGCCCUACUGGUUGAUUAAGAACUCCUGGUCCACUUAUUGGGGAAACGAUGGCUACAUCCUUAUGUCUAUGAAGGACAACAAUUGUGGAGUAACCACUGAUGCCACAUAUGUGACUUUAGCCUAGGCAGAAUAGUAUGUCUGGGUUAGGUCUUAAAGCCACCGUAGAUGCGUUACAGUGGACUGUUAAAUAUUGGUUUUGAAGUUGCCUUAUGCUUAAUGUAAUUGGUGUUUUUAGUUUUUGUAACAAAUUCCUGCACAAAAAUUGCACUCAACUGAUUUUAAUAGGUUUAUUAUAUAUGACUGAAAGGCCAUCACUUUAUUACUAAAGGCACAUUAGUUGUUUUUAAUGCAAUGCAUUAAAAUGAGGAAAUAAUGAAAGAAAGUGAUACAAUAAAGUUUAUUUUAUCAAUGAGACCCAUACAAAAUGUAUUUAAUUGCAUGCACUUCAACUCAUGCUAACUUUUUCAAGACUAAAAGAU